UAGCUUUACAACAAACACACUGAGUCUUUUCAGUACUCAAUAUAUUAAAGCCCCAUUAGUACUCCAUUUAGUAUAUUUUAUUCAUCGUUUCAUCCUCAAUGUCCAGCAAGAUGUUGGAUUACUUGUCUCUUGCUUUUGUGGUGGCAGUGAAAGUAUUUAAGAAAACCACCCCAAAUGGAAAAAUAACUGUUUACCUUGGUAAACGCGACUUCAUUGAUCAUAUAGAUUACUGCGAUCCUGUCGAUGGAGUUGUGGUGGUUGAUACCGAGUAUCUGAAAGGAAGAAAAGUUUACAGUCAGCUCGUGACUACCUAUCGCUUUGGUAGGGAGGAAGAUGAAGUUAUGGGUGUGAAGUUCUCCAAGGAAAUGGUGAUCGGUCAAGAACAAGUCGUGCCUUUGAUUAAUGCAAAAAUGGAACUAACACCGGUGCAGGAAAAGCUAUUGAAAAAACUUGGCCCUAACGCCUACCCUUUUACAUUCAAUUUCCCAGAAAUGGCACCUAGUUCGGUAACUCUCCAACCCUCUGAAGAAGACCAGGGAAAACCCAUGGGUGUUGAUUACUGCGUAAGAACUUACGUAGCUGAAAACGAAGACCAGAAAAGUCAUAAGAGAAGCUCUGUCACUCUUGCUAUCAAGAAGUUGCAACACGCUCCAACUUCUCGCGGUCGUCGUCUUCCAAGUUCCUUGGUGAGCAAAGGAUUUACCUUCAGCAAUGGCAAAAUUAAUUUGGAAGUUACUUUGGAUCGCGAAAUUUACUAUCAUGGAGAGAAACUUGCAGCUAACAUCAUUGUUUCUAAUAAUUCGCGAAAGUCUGUACGUAAUAUUCGAUGCAUGGUCGUGCAACAUGUCGAGAUUACAAUGAUCAACUCUCAAUUCAGCCGCCAUGUUGCUUCACUGGAAAGUCGCGAGGGAUGUCCCGUAACACCUGGGGCUAGCCUUUCAAAAACUUUCUAUCUGGUACCUUUGGCUCGUAGCAACAAGGAUAUACGAGGUGUAGCUUUAGAUGGCCACCUGAAGGAGGACGAUGUCAAUCUCGCCAGUUCUACUCUUGUAGCUGAAGGAAAGUGCCCAGCUGAUGCUAUUGGUAUCGUGGUAUCCUAUUCAGUUCGCGUGAAGUUGAACUGUGGCACUCUUGGAGGUGAAUUGGUUACUGACGUGCCAUUUAAAUUGCUUCAUCCCGCUGAAGGCACUGUUGAACGCCAGCGUUUCAACGCUAUGAAGAAAAUGCAGUCGAUCGAAAGACAUCGCUACGAGAAUUCCCUUUAUACUAACGAAGAAGAAGACAACAUUGUGUUUGAAGAUUUUGCUCGUCUUAGGAUGAAUGAACCCGAAUAAAUUAUAAACAGAAAACUAACAAAAAAAUUGAAAAAUGCUUUUUAAAAAAACCAAAAAAAUAUCGCAAUCAAGCAAGUAAUUCUUCAUUAUGCAACGUUUUGUAAUCUACAUCGAAUAUAUUUUUUCAUUUCACUAUCUUCACUAAAACAUUACAUUUGUUCAUCAAAAUUUAGUAUUUACCCACCUGUUUUUAAAUAAGUUUACAUAUUCUUUCUUGGUAGUCAUGUUUUUUUCUCUUAAUUAAAAAUUAAAGUAGUAAAUUACAAUUAUUAUGAAAGCUAAACUGAAUUAUACACACUUUUAAUCAUGUAGUGAGAUGAAUGUCAUUAAAUACUGAAUAUUUAUUUAAUCAUUAAUUAUUCAUUUAAAUUUAAAUAAAAAAAAUAAUGUGUACCUAUUUACUCACGAAACCAAAAAUUUAAUUAUUACAACUAUGUUAUUAUCUUUCCUUACCUUUAUGUUCCUUAUUUCCAAAGUAUUUUAUUAAAUUUUAUUUCACCAGAUUUGUUAUUAUUUUUUUCUUCACUGUAUACCACCAGUUUGUCAAACCUCUAGAACUAUCACUGUAUUACUGACAUCGUCUUAAGCAAGUUGCAGAGAAGUCACUUACUUUGCAUAAUUCUAUUGUCCUGAAUGAUAAUGCAAGGGUUUAAUCGUAGCUCCGCCUGAUUUCUUUUAUAAUUCAACCCCUAUCUAUAUGACUCUUCUGCUAUGCUAAUAUGCGCUCAAUGUAACAAUAAUAAGAACUACCAUAAAUAUUGGUUUUUCUUUAUAUUUUAAAUUCGAGUGUGCAUUUUAAAAUAAUUACUUAUCUUAAGUUGCAGAAUCUUAAUAGACUAAAUGAUUUACAGUUUGACUUAUUAACAAUUUUAUUAACAUCUGAUUGUUAUUCAAAACAUAGUAGCGCUUAGUCGUACUGAUUUUUGAAGUCAAAUAAAAAUAUCGUUUUACAGUUUUGCAAGUAACCAAAUUGCCCGAUUGCCAUUAUCGAAAUAAUAUCGAUUACAAAUAGGUAACUAUGUACGCACUACACUAUUUUCAUGGGAAUCUUAAAUCCGUUUGCACCGAAAAACUGUGCGAGAUGUGAAAUAAAAAAAAAGACGAUAAAAGUUCCCCAGACAAAACAGUAGGCAACAUAUCUAGCUAAUUAAAAAAAUAGCAUCUCAUUCAACUAAGUACGUGAUCAUCAACGUCUAUAGAAAUGUCCAAGCCUACCUUACUGAAACCUGAAAAUGUGCUACAUCUACGAG